AUGGCUGAGGGGUUCCCCAGCCGGAAGAGAAGGCUCCACUUAGAGCGGCACUGUGCUCAAAACCAGACGACCAAGUCCUGUGCUUCUCCCCCGGCGCCCCCCACACACCAGGAAGGGCAGCUUCCAGUCACAGGAGCCCAGCAGGGAGACGUCCCACUGCUCACCAGUGACGCCUCCAGAGCAGAACUGGAGCCUCGCGUGCUUCACCACAGAACCAAGACUGCCGUGGGCCAGGCAGCACUGACUGUCCCGGCGACGCUGCUGCUCGGCCCGCUGCUGGACCGGAUCCGAGAGCUGCAGCCGGCCGGGGCGGAGGUGCCCCUCGCUGCAACAACACAAAGUGACUGCUCCAGCAAUCCCACUCCUGCGAGUUUACCCAGACUCAGCUAUCACUUAAGACCCAGGGGCAGAGAAAGCGCAGCCUCCCCAUUCCGUCGCUGGGAAGGGAGAGCGAGGGAUGCUCAGGCUUCCGGCUCUCCUCACCACCGCGGCGCGGAUCCCUGCUCACGGCCACUUGCGGCGCACCCGGGAACCAGGAAAGAUGAGCACCCUUCUCGGGUUUUCGUGUCCCGGUGGGAGCGGCGCCUGCAGGGACCCCGGGUGGGGGUGGGGGGGGAGGCCCUGCGCGCCCCGCCCCUCCUUGCCCGCAGCGUUACGUGGCCCGCGGCGCCCGCGGCGCCCGCGGGCCGGUCACGUGACAGCCGCGCCGUUGCCCUGGCAGCGGCUGCGGCGGGGCGACGGGGGGGCGGGGCUGCCGGCGGGGGCGGGGCCUGGGGGACCCCGCGGGACUGGCCGAAGGAGGGAGGGGGCUGCUCUCGGCGCCCCGGCCGGGCCACCUGGCCACCGGGCCACGCCAGUGCCGCCAGCCGCGCGCCUGAGCCGGAGUUGGGCCGGGAGGGCAGAGCAAAGAUCGGUGAGUGCUCGCUGCGAGAUCUCCGCCCCGGCGGGGGCGGGGGCAGCCGGAAUUGCACCCGGAGACCCCAGCUUCCUCCUGAGCAGGCCUACGGGACGACUGUGAGGUUGGGACCCCAAGCCCGCGGGAUCCCCGAGCGGGGUGCGGCGCCGCCGGGAUGA